AUGCGUAAACUUACCGCUAAAAUACCAUGGAGAUUAAAUGCUCGCCUUCGAAUUACUUUAGUUCUUUUACUUAUAAUUGCGUUCUUAUCUUAUCAAUUCGUUUUUAUCCCAGAUAUUUUUGAUAAUUCACUUCUUUGGUUUGACCCAUCCUUAAAAAUUUCAUAUUAUCUUGGAUCAGAAGUAUAUCUAAGAAAUGUUAGCCGUCUUCCUAAAAUACAAUAUGAUUUUGAUACUCCUGAAACAUUAAAUGAAAAAUUAAUUCGUGAAUCCAGACGUGAAUCUAUAAAAAAAGGGUUUCAACAUGCUUGGAGUGGGUACACGAAAUAUGCUUGGGGAAAAGAUGAAUUAGAACCUGUAUCUAAUAAUGGUCGUGAUAAUUUUAAUGGCUGGGGUGCAACGAUUGUUGAUUCAUUAGAUACUAUUUGGAUAAUGGGUUUAAAAGAUGAGUUUAAUAAGUCAAGAAAUUUCGUUGAAACUGUGGACUUUACUACAAGCGAAGAUCAAAUUAGUGUAUUUGAGACUACUAUUCGUUAUUUGGGUGGUUUAUUGAGUGCAUAUGAACUUUCAGAUGAUCCUAUAUUUUUAAAAAAAGCGCUGGACUUAGGAAACGCUUUAUUACCUUCUUUUAGCAGUGAAUCGGGUCUUCCUUAUAAUUCUUGGGAUCUUAAAUGGAAUAAUAUGGAUGAGUUUGAUAAACCCUGGGGCUUGGGCAAUUUAGCUCAAGUUGGAACUUUACAAUUGGAAUUUAUGAAAUUAGCUCAACUAACGGGUAACAGCGAGUUUUUUUUUAAGGUCAACAAUAUAACAGACAUUCUUGAUAGUGCAACAAAACCUAUCCCUGGAUUAUAUCCUUUGUCACUAGAUCAUGACACUGGUGAAUUUGUAGGACACGAUAUAUCUUUUGGUGGUAGUGGUGAUAGUUUUUAUGAGUAUUUAAUAAAGCAAUACAUUUUUGUUGGAGACGUUGAAUCAAUUGAUAGUAUGCACGAACACCUUAUUAAAGAAGGUAAAAUUGAAGGUCGUCCAGAUUUACUUUUUAUUGGCGAACUAUCGUACGGAUCAUUUGUUGGAAAGCUGCAGCAUUUGACAUGUUUUGUUCCUGGGAUGCUUGCCAUUGGAUCAAAAGUCCUUGAUAGACCUAAAGAUCUCGAAGUUGCAAUAAAAUUGGCAGAAGCAUGCUAUUGGGCCUAUGAAAUGACAUAUACUGGAAUUGGCCCUGAAGAUCUUUGGUUUAUGUCAAGUAAUGAUACAUAUAACGAAGAAGAAAAAAAAUUAUUGAAACAAAAAGGUGAAUACGAGAACCUUCCAGCUGGUGUGCUUCGAUUGAGUGAUUCUUAUAUAUUGAGACCAGAAACUAUUGAGAGUUUAUUUAUUCUAUAUAGAGUAACAGGUGAUAAAAAAUAUCAAGAAAAAGGAUGGAAAAUAUGGCAGGCCAUCGAAAAAUGGUGUAAAACACCUUCAGCUUAUUCAGGAUUAUAUAAUAUAAAUUCAAAAGACGCUGCACAAAAUGACAAUAUGGAAAGUCCACCGGACCUUAUUUCAUUAGAUACAUAUGUGUUUAAUACUGAAGCACAUCCUUUCCUUAGAAUGGCACGAACUUUUUAG